CCACACUCAUUUAGCAUGAGCACAAAUUUCCUCCUUUAUUUUUUGUGGUCCUUUCUUGUCCCUCGAUACCCUCUUGUUUUUUUUAAAUAGAUAUAUAUUUUUUUCUUUUUUUAAUCCAACUCGCAUUGGUGGCCCCUUGUUGGCCUUUCUACUCGACCACUUUUCUUUACUCCUUUCUUUAUAUUCCUCCAAGGCGCUGUCAGUGGGAAUGUACAAACUCCCUGCAAACCCGUCUGCAGCAGAGCAGCGGCGUAAACCCGAGACCUUGUGUAAAGCGAGUGCUCUGGUGUUUUCCGUGUGAAGCGGGGAGCGGCCUAAACCUGAGCGCCGCAUCGUAACCGGGGUCCGGGCCGAUGGAGGCGCGGCAGCGGCGGGCCCUGCGGCGGCUGCGGGGUGAGCUGGCGGAGCAGCUGCGGCUGGAGGUGCCGCUACAGUACCUGUACCAGGAGGGGGUGGUGAGCCGCAGUCUGCUGGAGGAGCUGGAGGCCGAGCCCGUGGCCGCCCGCCGCAACCUCAAGCUGCUCGACUACCUGCCGGGCCGCGGGCCGCGGGCCUUCGCCGCCUUCGUCCACUCCCUCAGGGACGAGGCCCCGUGGCUCAGCCGCCGGCUGGAGGAGGAGGAGGCUCGGGAGGACGAGGAUGACGAGCCGCCGGCAGAUGAUGUACUGUCAACCAUCUCAGACCAUGUCUUGAACGGCGUGCCCACCGACAAGCAGUUAAAUCAUCUCUCUGGCCAAAUGGGAACAGAAUGGGAGCAGGUUGUGAUGGACCUGGGACUGAGGAGUUCAGACAUCUACCGAUGUAAAAUGAACCACCAGUACAACGUGCAGGCACAGAUCUUGGCAUCAUUUAUCGUGUGGAAGCAACGGCUGGGAAAACAAGCUACAGUGCGGAACCUGUGUACCAGUCUUACUUCAGCAGAUGUGGACCCCACAGUAAUAAAGGAUGCAUUUCAGUAAACAGUCGGGGCUGGGUUACCCACUGCUAAAAGUGAUGGGCCAGUCGUAUUUGACAGGAGCAGUGAAUAGGGUGCAGCAAAGGAGACAUAAAAUGCUGCUGUAACUCAGCGGGCCAUCUCUGCGGAAAAUGAGUUGGUGACGUUUCGGGUCAGAACCCUUCCUCAGACUGAAAGAUAGAGAAGGCCAGAACGAAAUAGGGCCGGCAACAGAUGACCUCAGGAAGGGUGGAGCCCACAAUGGCCCAUUGCUGGUUGGGGAAGGAUACAAAGACGCGAACAGUAGAACUAGUGGAACGACUGGGGGGGGGAGGCGGAGAGAAUGCAGGAGUUACUUGCCCUUAGAGAAAUCAACAUUCAUAGAGCUGGGUUGUAAGCUGUCCAAGCAAAAUAUGUUCCUGUAAUUUGCGUGUGGCCUCACUCUGACAGUGGAGGACGCCCAGAGCAGAAAGGUGAGGAUGGGAACAGGAACGGGAGUUAAUAUAUUUGGCAACCAAGAGAUCGCGUAGGCCAAGGCGGAAUGAGCAUGUGUUCAGCGAAACGAUGGCCAAGUCCGCGCUUGGUCUCGCUGAUAUAGAACAGUCCAUACUGGGAACACCAGAUACUGUAGAUGAGGUUGGAGGAGGUGCAGGUAAAUCUCUGCCUCACCUGAAAGGACUGUCGGGGUCCCUGGAUGAAGUCGAGCAGGAAGCAGAGGACAGUGAACAGUGUUGGCUGGUGUUUUACUUUGGUCUCCUCUCUGAUAUUCAAAAACUUUUAAAACAGUAAAAAGUAAAAGUAUAUAAUGAACAUUUAGUCAGAGAGUGGUUACUCGGGAAUUAAUUGCCACAGACGACUGUGGAGGCCAAGACAAUCCUUAUUUGUAAGGCAGAGAUAGAUGUGUGAUUAGUGUGGGUGUCGGGGGUUAUGGGGAGAAGACAGGAGAAUGGGGUUGAGUGGAGAAGAUAGAUCAGUCAUGAUUGAAUGGCGGAGUAGACUCGAUGGGCCGAAUGGCAUAAUUCUGUUCCUAUCACUCAUGAAUAUUAAAAUUAUUAAAAUACUAUAAUGAGAAAGGUAAAGUCCCCAGUUUAAUGCUUGGCUUUAUCAAACUCUGCCUUAGGACUCCCAUUGAAUUCCAUAACUCCAGUACAUAUCUACAUGGGAAUGGCAAAUUGUCAAAUUGCCUGCCUGCCCACUGACAUUAUAAACCUUCAAUGUCAUCAAACCCAGGGCACCUUCCUCAACCUGUAAAAUGUAUGCAGUAUGUGAGAACUGCCAGGAAAUGUCCUCCUUGUAACUGCAGUAAACUGCAACUCUACGGAUAAUCGAAGAAACAAGGAAGUUACUUUGAGAUAGUAAAUGGUACAGAAUAUCGGCAAAGUCUUUAGAUUUAAAUUCUGUUUUAAGCAUUUUGGUGACUUGUAUAAAAGUACAAAUAAACAAAGAUAUA